CGGUGGACAUAUGUUCGCGCGGUUUUCCUUCAGCCGCGCAUUCUCGCUCUCUCACACUCUCACCAACUCACACUGUAACGCGCUGCAAUGGCUUCCGUCCGUGGUCCUACGCCUCCGAGCGUUGUUGUCGUCGGCGGUGGUGUCAUUGGCCUCACCGCCGCCCUUCUCCUCGCCCGUCGCGGGUAUGCCGUCGAAGUCGUCGCGAGAAACCUGCCCGGCGAUAGCCUCGACCAGGCCUGGGCGAGCCCGUGGGCUGGUGCGAACUGGUGUCCUUUUGGCGUGGACCCGCGCGUGUGCAAGUGGGAGGCUGAGACACUCGAACAGCUGCGUACGCUGAUCCCUUCGGGCCUGGCCAUGCCGUUGCCGAUCACGCGCUUCGCGUCCUCCGAGGCCGGCCUGCACAACCACUGGUACGCGGGCGUCGCGGACAACUACACACGUCUGGGCCCUGAGUCGUGUCCGCCCGGCUGCGUGGGUGUGACGUUCACUUCGGUGUCUGUGAACAGCCCGCACUACCUCGAGUGGCUGGGGGCGCAGUGCACCGCGCUGGGCGUGAAGUUGCGCCGCGCGACGCUCAAGGCGCUCCGCGACGCCGUCCGCCCCGACACGCGCGCGGUCAUCAAUGCUACGGGGCUUGGCGCUGGCGAGCUGGAGGACGUGAGGGACGAGUUUGUCGAGCCUAUCCGCGGGCAGAUCGUCGUCGUGCGUGCGCCGGUGAAGCGCUGCGUGAUGGACGCCACGAUGAACCACCCCACGCGCAGCACGUACAUCAUCCCCCGGCCCAACUCUGGCGGACAGGUCAUCUGCGGCGGCUGCUAUGAGGUCGGCUCAACUGUACGCGAACCCGACCCGGCCAUGACCCGCUCCAUUCUCGAGCACUGCCUUGCGCGCAUCCCCGAGCUGAGCAAGGACGGCACGGUCGAGGGCAUCGAGAUCAUCCGCGAGUGUGUCGGCUUCCGCCCAUCACGCCGGGGAGGGCCGCGCCUCGAGCGCGAGGACAAGACCUUCGGCGGCUCGCGUCGCGUGCCCGUCGUUCACGCCUAUGGAAUCGGGCCCGCUGGCUACCAGGCGAGCUGGGGGAUGGCGGGCGAGGCCGUCAAGCUCGUGGGUGAUGCGCUCAUUGAGGGAAUCGUGGUCGAGGCUCCACGCGCGAAGCUGUAGGUUAGGCAUGGGACCAUACAUAUGCUAUCUAUAUACUCCAUCG